UUAAACUAGCUCCAUUUAGAGCCUUUAUUGUCCGUGAGAAGAUGAAAGAAGGGACAAGUGAAAAUGAUGAAUUCCAGAAUCAAGACAUGGAGAUGGAUAAUGUAGCCAAGUUUCUUCGAGGCAAGACCAUAUUAAUCACCGGAGCAACUGGAUUUUUGGCCAAGGUUUUGCUGGAGAAGAUAUUAAGGCUGCAACCAAAUGUGAAGAAGCUCUACCUUCUUCUGAGGGCUUCAGAUGACAAGUCCGCAACACAACGCUUACAUGAUGAGAUUUUAAGGACAAAAUUGUUCAAGGUUCUCCGAGACAAAUGGAGUUGGAAAUUUGAUAGUUUGAUAUCAAGUAAGGUGGUAGCAGUGGCCGGUGAUAUCUCUUUUGAGAGUUUGGGAAUCGCAAAUUCAAAACUAAGAGAAAUAAUGUGGGGAGAAAUAGAGAUUGUAGUAAAUGUGGCUGGCACAACUGAUUUCAACGAAAGGUACGACGUUGCAUUGGACAUCAAUACAUUUGGAACUUUCAAUGUGCUGAACUACGGAAAGAAAUGCGAUAAAAUAAAAUUAUUUCUCCAUGUUUCAACAGCUUACGUAUGCGGUGAGCGGCAAGGAGUGAUCUUGGAGAAACGAUUUCAUAUGGGUGAGACUUUGAAUAGAACGGGUAACAUAGACAUCUUUGAAGAGAAGAGAAUAGUGGAAGAAAAACUAGAGCAACUACAAAAUCAAUGUGCCCCAAACAAUGCAAUAAAAUUAGCAAUGAAAGAAUUCGGCCUCCAAAGGGCAAAAUUGAAUGGGUGGCCAAAUACAUACGUAUUUACAAAAGCAAUGGGAGAGAUGCUUUUAGGAAACUUCAAAGGGGAUUUGCCUCUUGUUAUUUUACGCCCCACCAUGGUUACAAGUACUUAUAAACAACCUUUCCCUGGUUGGAUUGAAGGUGUCAGAACCGUUGAUAGAAUCGUUGUGAGUUAUGGAAAGGGGAAAUUACCUUUUUUUCUUGGCGAUCUUAACUCUCCUCUCGAUGUGAUACCAGUAGAUAUGGUGGUGAACGCCAUGGUUGUGGCCAUGCAAAUUCAUUAUGCAGAUCGUCGAUGUUCUCGUGAGACCAUUUACCAUAUCAGCUCCUCAUCAAGAAAUCCUAUGAAAUUAUCGGAUUUUCAUAGAUUCUUGCGUUGUUAUUUCACUAAAAACCCAUGGAUUGAUACAAAUGGAAAGAUUGUGAAAGUUAGUGAAGGAACAGUAUUUAGCACACCCCAUAGAUUCUUCCUAUUCAUCAAGCUCAAAUAUGUGCUUCCACUAAAGGUGUUUUGUUUGAUCGAUAUACUUUGUUGUCAACGUUUCAAGAAAAUGUACACAAAUCUUGAUCGUAAAAUUAAGUAUAUACUUCGAUUAGCAGAAUUUUACAAACCUUAUGUGUUCUUCACGGGGAUCUUUGAUGACCGAAAUUUGGAGACACUGCAGAGGGUGGCUGAAGAGAGAGGCAUUGAUGCGGCUGAAUUUAACUUGGAUUCGAAGACUAUUGACUGGGAAGAUUAUAUCAUGAAUAUUCACAUUCCUGGUCUUUUUCGACAUGAGAUUAAAUCCGACACGAAUUUGUUGAACAAUAUUUAA